AUGCCCUCACAACCCACCAACGCCGGGAUCGUCACCGACGAGUCCUCCGGCGAGCGCCACAUCCCCGAGUCCGUCCGCGCCGACGGCUCCACCCGCCGGGCCAUCAAGAUCAAGCCCGGUUACCGGCCACCCGAGGACGUCGAGGUCUACAAGAACCGCACGGCCGAGGGCUUCCGCAGCCGCGCCGCCAAGGGGGGCGUGAUCGGCGCGGAGGCGGCCACAGCGGACGACGACGCAAAGCCCGCGGCCGCUGGAUCCGCCGCGGCGAAUAAGAACGCCAAGCGGCGGGAGGCCCGGAAGAAGGCCAAGGCCGCGGACGAGAAGGGGGACGCGGGAAAGACGGACGGGGGCGCCAGGGAGGAAGCAAAGAAGGACGACGAGGGGCCCGCCGAGCCCGCGCCGGACCCGGAGGCCGAGCGAGAGAAGAAGGCCAGGAACCUAAGGAAGAAGCUCAAGCAGGCCCGCGAGCUCCAGGACAAGAAGGAGGGCGGGCAGGCGCUGCUCCCGGAGCAGAUCGCGAAGGUCAUCAAGAUUAACGAGCUGGUGCGGGAGCUGGCCGCACUCGGGCUCGACUCUGACGGCGAGCCGAUCGAGAAGGAGGGCGAAGGGCUGGAGGGUGGUUCCAAGGAGGAGAAGGCGCCUGCUUGA